AUGACUGCCAGCUCUCUUCUGGUCAAUGUGGAGAAAUGGAUCGAGGAAAAUAAGAAUUCUUUUAAUCCUCCGGUUUGCAACAAGCUCAUGCACUUUAGUCAGCUCAACAUCAUGUUUGUGGGAGGACCCAAUACAAGGAAAGACUACCACAUCGAGGAAGGAGAGGAGCUGUUCUUCCAGGUCAAAGGAGACAUGUGCCUCAAAGUGGUGGAAAACGGAAAACACAAAGACGUCCACAUCAAAGAAGGAGAGAUGUUCUUGCUUCCCGCUCGGAUCCCACACUCUCCGCAGAGAAAAGCUGGUACCGUGGGUCUGGUGGUGGAGAGACGGAGGCUGCCCACAGAGACUGACUGUCUCCGGUACUAUGUGGAGAACAGCACUGACCUUCUGUUCGAGCGAUGGUUUCACUGCCAUAACCUGGGAACUCAGCUGGUCCCAGUGAUCCAGGAGUUUAUGGCUUCAAAACAGGCCAAAACAGGAAGACCAGAUCCCACGUUUGUGUUCCAGAAUCCUCCGUUCCAGAUGAACACGAUGAACGUCAUGUCUUCGUUCUGUUUUAAAUCCUUGAUAAACAAACAACGCUCUGCUCUGAGCACUGGGCCCAUCGACCUGUUCGGGGCACAGUUCGAGACCGAGGCGAUGGUGUUUGGAGCGGGACACACGGAGAACACGACCCGACAGAGCGACGCCUGGAUCUGGCAGUUUGAGGGAGAGUCCAUGGUGACGAUCCAUGAGGACCAGUUCAGACUGAGCUCUGGGGACAGUCUGCUGAUCCCAGAGCAUCACCAGUACCAGUGGCAGCGAGACCAGGGGACUGUUGCUCUGUUUGUGGCUCAAAACCCGGAACGGAAAAGACCUUAUAGUCUGCAUUUAGCCACAUUUAAAACACAACAGUAG